AUGGCUCAGGUCUUUGGUGAGAUAACCUUCGGCAGGCUUUCGGACAAGUGCAGUGUUCACAUGCUGGGGACCCUCUCGGCUGCUGUUGCCUGCGCCGCGGCUUUCCUUCUCUGGGGCCUAGCUACUUCACUGGCGUACGUGAUAGCUUUUGCGUUUGUUUUCGGAGCGUUCGCGAGCGGGUUCAUCGCUCUCUGGCCACGAAUGAGGACAAUGUUUGCCGAGAAAGACGCAAAUAUGAUCUACAGCUUUCUGUCUUUUGGCCGGGGUUUGGGCGUCCUGGUCUCAGGACCCAUCAGUUCUUCGCUAUUGAACGUUGGCGCAAGCCAUAGCGAUGAUGCUUCAGCUGGUCGAAAGUUCAAUGCGUUGAUCUUGUUUGUUGGCUCGUGCAUGGCUGCAAGUGCCCUCAUCGGGUGCAUUGGGUGGUCAUCGGCAAUUUUCAGAACUUUGACCAGGGCUCAACACAAAGUCGAAGACGCAUGA